GCCGAGCGCAUGUAGAACCACCACAGAAGAAACCUGAGGAACAUCUCGCACCGCCUCAACAUGAAGUUGCUGACUGUUGCCGUGGCUCUGACCUUGUGUUUGUGUAUCGUAGCUGCAAAUGUGCAAGUGAAGGUUGGAGAAAAGAGCUUCCCCUUGGAGGCAGUCAAGCAGCUGAAGGUGCUGAGUGAUCUGGAUGGCCAUGUCAGCCCUCAUCUCACCGUGGCCAAUGUUGCAGCUGUUUGUGCCAACCCUCUCAUGCCUCAGGUCUUUCAGUCAGUUUGCCAGGAGAAGGCGGCAGCCAUUAUUUUCUCCAAAUUAGUGUAUAUUAUCACGCCUUUGGAUCUCUGUGAAAUUUGUGCCAACCCUUCCUGCUAUGGAUGUCUGAACUGAGACCCACAAACGCAUCGCCUGCGAGUUCCACAAACCAUUGCAGCUCCUCUACAGCUCUAUGCAGCCGUGCACGUGAU